AUGAACUUCUUUGGGACCCCAACGGUGUUCCUCCAUGGACAGGCUGCAAACAAGUUCAUCUAUACUUGUGACGGUAGCCCACUUGUCAAUCAACAUCCAUUAUCAGUAAGAAGGAUUUGUGGUGAGAGGAAUAUCCUGGAAUUGAAUGGAGAUGAGCACAAGCGUGUUAGAGGAGCCCUUGCACCGUUCCUCAAGCCUGAAGUGUUAAAGCAAUAUGUUGGCAAGAUGGAUGAAGAAGUUAGGAAGCUUUUUGAGAUGCAUUGGCAUGGCAAGCGGAAGGCAAUGCAAUUGAUGAAGAUCCUUACCUUCAACAUUUUGAGCUCACUGAUAAUCGGAGUACAAGAAGGUGAGAAAAGAGACAUACUUGUAGAGCUCUUCCAACAACUGCUGAAGGGUGUUCUAUCAGUACCAAUCAAUUUGCCAUUCACAAGCUUCAAUCGUAGCCUCCAAGCAAGAGAAAAAAUCAGAGGAAUCAUCAUGGAACUCGUUCAUGAAAAAAGGGCUGCAUUGGAGCAUUUUACCGCCUUUCCUCAACGAGAUCUAAUCACUAGCUUGCUUAGUCUCCGAAACAAGGAUGAUUCAGUUGCAUUAUCUGAUGAGGAGAUCGUAGAUAAUGUUCUUGUCAUAAUGAUAGCAGGAUAUGAUACAUCUUCUUCCACCCUCCUCACUUUCUUGAUCGGGCUAUUAGCCAAUGAUCCAUCUGUUCAUGCCAGCAUUACUGCAGAACAAGAUGAAAUUGCCAAGAGUAAGGCCUCUGGGGAGCUUUUAACAUGGGACGAUCUUGCAAGAAUGAAGUACACAUGGAGAGUAGCAUUGGAAUCUCUAAGGAUGAUGUCUCCUGUAUUUAUUUCCUUCAGGAAGGUCGUUAAAGAUUUCGAGUAUGAAGGAUACCUUAUUCCCAAAGGAUGGCAGGUAGCUUGGUCAGCCUGCAUGACACACAUGGAUGAGAGCAUCUUCCCAGAUCCAUCAAAGUUUGAUCCAAGACACUUCGAGAAACAAGCAUGUAUUCCCCCAUAUAGCUUCGUGGCAUUCGGCGGAGGACAUCGAAUAUGUCCUGGAUAUGAAUUUGCAAGACUUGAAACUCUGAUUACAAUACAUUACCUGGUGAACAGGUUCACAUGGAAGCUCCGUUGCCCAGACAUUCCUUUUUCCAGAGAUCCAUUGCCAAAUUUCAAGGAUGGACUAGAGAUAGAAAUUGAACCAAAGAUUCUUAGAACAGUCAUCAAAACGCAUGCUCCAGCAUCCAUAGUAGAGAAAAGGAGAAAGCCAAACUCACUACAGAAGAGAACAAAAAAAAUGAUCAUGGCUGGAAAAAGAAAAAGAUCAGAAUUGUUAGCGGCAGCAGCAGCAAAGAGAAGAAGAGAAGAAUCAUCAUCAUCGACAAAAUUAACUAAUAUUAAUGUCUCUCCUGACAAUCUGAGUGCCGAUUUGUUGCUUAACAUUCUAGUUCGACUUCCAACUGCAAAGUCGUCUUUUCUUCAAAGUCGAUCGCCAAAUGUUGAUGUUCUUUACUGGAGAAACCCUUUCCUAUGGAUCCCCAAAGGAUUCACGUUAGACUUCGUUCCACAGGAAAAGGACAUUGAUCUUAAUGUUUCUGUUGAGGCUUCCUGCAAUGAUUUACUCUUCUGCAUAGCAAAACCAAGGACUAUGAUAUCACUCAUUAUUAUAUCUGUAAUCCCUUCUCUAGGCAAUGGCAUCUCUUAG